AUGGAGGAGUGUGAGAGUUUGGACACCGAGAUGAUGGAGCUGCAGGACUUUCAGAGUGAGGCCAACAGCCAGGACGACGAAGACGAGGUGGAGGAACUCCAAAACAGGUGCCCAACACUCUGGAUUGGAAUAGUUUAAUGGCUUGAAUUAUUGCUCACUUCUUGUCAAUCCAUGCCUCUUUUUCUUAAAGAUAUAAACAUGAAAUUUACCAAAUGGAGUCUAUGAGAUACAACUUGUUUCUGGACUUUGAGGUCAUUUAAAAAGUGUAUACAAGGAACACAAAGCAACUCUAUUCAGUGAUCAUCGUUUUUUGUUUAGUUUUUUUUCCUUAUAUAAGGAAAUAAAUUAUAUCAGUCUAAGUUUCUAACAUUUAUGAGAUUCACCAUGCCAUUUUUUACAUCUCAUUAAUCAUGUUUCAUUCUGGUGCGUUAGCUACCUUUGCCAUGUCAGAAAUAGUAGGAGACACUGAUAUGUUGAGCGUAUCUGGGAAAGCACAGGCAUCUCUUCUCUAAUAUUACACGGAUGACGCUUUGGGACGUCACCUGGCCGUAACUCUGCAGGAUCGGAGCUGUAUUCAUAGCUGGAGGGACAGCUCACAGUGCAUUUGAUGAUGAUUAUUUUUUCAGCUCAUUACUCACACUGGCAGGUUUGGUGUAAUGCUGCAUAUCCAAACUUGACUUGUCAAAUUGAGAAUAGAUCAGCAGGUGUUAUCAAAUCCUCAGUUGAGAUUUGCUGAACUGCCUCAGGUGCAAAAACGUGAAUGUGCUUUCAAUGCUGGCACAUCGUGCUAAGAUGUGUUUUGGUUUGAUUCAUUAGUUCGUUCUCUGCUUGUGUUUCUAAAAGUGCUGCCAGAGGGAUCUCCUCUUGCACAUAGACUGUUUAGUCAUGCCCUUCCUCUUAUCAUGAACAGCACAGACAGCCUGCUUACCUUCCUCUGAAUCUGUCCGUUCCUCUUUCCUCUAGUCUUCGUGAGGUUGUUCAGGACCAGUCUGUGAAACCCAAACUCCAGUGCCUGAUGGUGGAUCCAUCGUUCUCCAUGGUAACAGUUCAGAGCGAAGACAGUGGGAUUGUUUGGGAGACAGCAUCGAGCCGCUGUUCUACACCCUGGGCCUCUGAGACCAGCUCGACCUCUGAGGCCUACAGCAUGGAGGGGUCUGGAGCUGCAGGGAAAAUUACCAUUGUCUUUGACGAGGAGAAAGUCGUCCGCAGGAGGACAAGGUCUGGAGGAAGGAGCAGCAGGCUGGGAGACCGACUGAGCCGACCUGGUAGCUCAAGAUCGGCUUCAGCUUUGGGAGUGGAGAGACCAGAGAUGUCGGAGGUGUCUCUCCCCAAUGUGAAACCAGAGAAAACUCCUACAGAGCCAGACUUGGAGGACAUCAGAAACAAAGAUCAGCAGCUUUUUAGUUUGAUUUCAGAGGGUUAUGAGAUUCUCAAUAUUAGAGUCCCCUCAAAACUUCCCACUGUGGAUGAGGAGGAGAGCACAGAGCUGCAGGACAAUCUAUCUUAUCUGGAUCAGACUCCUAAGAUCAAGUCCAAAAACAACCAUAUCUGGAGACAGCAACAGGACGAUGACAUGCUACAGGAUGAGGCAGAUCUGAACAACCAAGAGGUAUUUGCAUAUUUAGUAAAUUGAUGAUUUGAGAGGUUUUACAGAGUGCUUUUGGUUGUGAUGCAAAGGAAUACUCUCAUGUGUUUUGUUCAUUUCUGUUUAAAACACCCUGUUGCUCUGGUUCAAAGUCAUUUAUUGUGAUAUUCUCCUCAGCCCUCAGAGCAAGACUCAUCUCAGCAAGCUGCAGACACAGAGCUAAGUAAGACACCCACUCCAAAAGACAGCACCGGUGAUAUAGACUACUUUGAAAAGUUCACCCUGCUUGAUGUGGGUGUUCCUGGGGACCUAGCUCCGCAGCUGGAGGAGGAGGAAGCAGAAAAGCCUGAAGGGACGCCCCAAGAAGAGGAGCAAAAGCCUGCUAAAGAGACAGCCACAGACAGCCCCACUGCAUCAGAAGACUCUUUCGUCUUUGUCACAGAUGUGGAGAUUGUUGGGGAACACCUUGAUGAAGUCUUCUAUGGAGAAGGAGCCCCUCCUGGCUCUCUGCAGAGGAGAGACAAAGCAGAGGGUCGUGGAGGAAAGAGAAUGAGACGCGAGAGUCAGAGAUCUCUGAAGGAGAGUGGUUCAGUGUUGUUUGGCAGUCAAGAAACCAUCCUCACACCCAUCUUUAUCUCCCCUGGACCACCUAAGAUCAUAGACCCAAUUCUGCUGGAGGAGCCCACUGCCAUGUCUUUCAUGUACUCAGACCUGUAUGAGGAUGCUUUAGGGGAGAGGAGGACAAGUGACGAGGAAUACUCCGAGGCAGAGAGCGUAGCUUCUGAGAAGUCUUACAAAAGGCGUCUCUCAGAUUCAGAGGAGACUGACGGCUAUUUGGAGAAAUUCACUUUGAAGGACGAAACUCCAGCAGCAGAAGUUGAGGUUGAACCAGAGACAGUGGAGGAUGAAGGAGACGGGAGAAUGAUGUGGCCGCAGAAUAAGUUUGAAAUGACAGGAUGUCUGACGAGGGUGAUCCAAGAGGAAGGUGAGGACGAGUCAGAAACCAAGGAACCAAAGACACUGGAGAGCAGCGCUGAAGAAAAGUCUGAAGACUUAAAACCAGAGGCAACAGAAGAGAAAGUCGAAAAAGGCGAAGAAAGAGCAGAAGAGAAGGAAGAGAUAAAACUGACCGAGGAGGAGCCUGUCAGUGAAGCCUCACAAGAAUUAGCUUUGGACGAGAUGAAGGUUCAGGAAGUGAAACAAGAGGGCAGCACUGAUGAACCACUUCCUGAAACCCAGCAGGUGGACAUAAAAGCUGAGGAAACACAGGAGAGUGAGGAGCAUCAGAGAGGAGUGACACCAGUAACAGCUACUGAACCUAUCACUGACACUGAACAGCCAGACCAGAUACCAGAUGAGGCAGAAAAGGUGGCACAGGCUGUGGCUGAUGCUGUGGAGGAGACAACUGUGAUAACACCUGAGAGUAUUAAGAUUCCUGAAAUCACCACAGAACCUGAAAUACUAACAGAAGAUGCAAUUGCUGAUGUUGAAGUGAUGGCUCCUGAAGAUAAAGUAAUAACUGAGGCUGCUGCAGAGGGGUCUGAGGAUAAAGUACAAGACCAGCUCACUCUCGCUGAAACAGAGGCAUCGGUUGUAACAUCCCUGAAAGAAGCUGCAGAAGAUACUGCGACCGUCGAGGUUACCACCGACUCUGAUUCUACAGUACAAGCAGUCGUGGAGGUCACAGAAAAAGCAUUGGAUGAAAAGGAGAUUCAGACUCAAGUUCAGAUUGAUCUCAAGGAGGUAACAAGCGUUGAGGAGACAGAAGUUCAAGCAGCGGUUGUAGGUGAAGAAGAUCAUGGAGCCAAGACUGCAUCACCUGAGAGCCAUGUGCCUGAACUUACUAAGGAAGCUGACCUAGUGUUGGAGGAUAAAACUGAGAUUUCAAGUGAGGACAAAGACGCAAAGACGGAUUCAGAUCAGAAAGUGGAUGACAUCUUUGAAUUGGAGCAGCAACAAGAAGAGGCACCAAAAGAUGAGAGUGCUACACCUGCAGAGGAAUCUGGAGUUGAUGAUCAGGAAGUGGUGAGUGUGGGUGAUGAGGUCUUCGUCCUUGUGCCUAAAGGACAAGCAGUGGAGAUGGACAUAGAGGUCGGUCAGCUGCUGGAGAAGACAAGUGAUGUGGAAGCACCCACUGAGCCUGAGGGUGCAGGUGAACUUCCAAUCGCACCUGAAUCUGUCAUGGAAGUCCCUGAUGGUCUCCAGGCUCAAAACAAGGAGACAAUUACAGAGUCUAACCUGGAGGUAAAACAAGAUGUUAUAAAAGAAGAAGUAAAAUCAGAACCUGUUGUAAGAGAAAUUAAACCAGAAGAUGUUGUGAAGGACGAAGCAAAACCAGAAAUGGUUAAAGAAGCAGAAAAAAUAGAAGAAUCAGAAGAACAACAAGUUGUUGUGGUUAAGGAAUCUGAAAAAACAGACGUUGUUGUUAUUGAAGCAGAAAAAACAGAAGUUGUUGAAGAAGCAGAAAUACCAGAAGUUGUUGGAGUUGAAAAAGUAGAAAAACCAGAGCUUGUUGUUGUAAAAGAUGCAGAACACACAGAAGUCGCUGGAAUAAUAGAUGCAGAUAAACCAGAAGUUGUUGAAGUUAAAGAACCAGAAAUAACAGAAGUUGUUGAAGAAGCAGAAAUACCAAAAGUUAUUGAAGAAGCAGAAAAACCAGAGGUUGUUGUAGUUGAAGAAACAGAAACAAACGAAAUUGCUGUUGUUAAAGAAGCCAUAAAAACAGAGGUUGUUGUAGUUGAAAAAUCAGAAAUUCAAGAUGUCAUUGAGGCAGAAAAACCUGAAGUUAUUGUAAAAGAAGCAGAAAAACCAGAGGUUGUUGUAAUUGAUAAAUCAGAAAUACAAGAAAUCACUGAAGCAGAAAGACCUGAAGUUAUUGUAAAAGAAGCAGAAAAACCAGAGGUUGUUGUAGUUGACGAAGCAGAAAAAAAUGAAAUUGCUGUUGUUGAAGAAGCAGAAAAAACAGAGGUUGUUCUUGUAAAAGAGGAAGAAAAAACAGAAGUUUUUGUAGUUAACGAAUCAGAAAUUCAAGAUGUCAUUGAGGCAGAAAAACCUGAAGUUAUUGUAAAAGAAGCAGAAAAACCAGAGGUCGUUGUAGUUGACGAAGCAGAAAAAAAUGAAAUUGCUGUUGUUGAAGAAGCAGAAAAAACAGAGGUUGUUCUUGUAAAAGAGGAAGAAAAAACAGAAGUUUUUGUAGUUAACGAAUCAGAAAUUCAAGAUGUCAUUGAGGCAGAAAAACCUGAAGUUAUUGUAAAAGAAGCAGAAAAACCAGAGGUCGUUGUAGUUGACGAAGCAGAAAAAAAUGAAAUUGCUGUUGUUGAAGAGGCAGAAAAAACAGAGGUCGUUGUUGUAAAAGAAGCAGAAAAAGAAGAAUUUGUUGUAGUUAAAGGAGCAGAAAUACAAGAAGUAAUUGAGGAAGAAAAACCUGAAUUUAUUGUGAAAGAAGAAGAAAAACCAGAGGUUGUUGUUGUAAAAGAAGCAGAAAAAGAAGAAUUUGUUGUAGUUAAAGACUCAGAACAAGAAGUUAUUCUAAAAGACAGAGAAAAAUCAGAUGUUUUUGCUUUUAUAGAGGCAGAAAAGCCAGAAAUAGUUGUAGUUAAAGAUUUAGAAAAACAAGAAGUCGUAGAUAAAGAAUCAGAAACCACAGAUUUUGUUGAGACAGAAAAAACAGAAUAUGUACAAGAAGAAGCUAAACUUCGAAAUGAGUUUGACAACAGGUACUCUCCUCUUGCACCUUUGGAGGAAGUGGGAAUAGAGGAGAAGAAACUAACACAGGAAUUUGAAGAAGAUGAAGGUGUUUUUUCUCCUUUAAGAAGCUCUACCCCCCAACUGGAUUUGUCUAGCCUACAUAGAGAUGAUCUACAGAGGUCAGACAUACCAGAUACAGAAAAAAAUACAGAACAACAUGAAGACAUAUACAAAGUGGAGGAUGUCCAAGAAAGAAUCAUUCUUACAGCGGAUACAAGCCCAGAGAUAAAUGUUUUCAGAGAGGAGCAAGCUGAGGCAGUUACAGAAGUAGCAGUGGAGGAGUUCGAGUAUGAGAUGAUAACUGAACAGGAUGCAAAAGAUAUGCCACAACAAGAACCACAGAAAGAUGAAGAGGAACCAAAAGCUGAGACAGUUCAGAAGAGAGAGGAGAGGAUGGAGAAGGAGGUGAAGUUGGAGAAGAGAAAAGAAGUGUUUGAUCUGUUCCCAGAGGAAGAGUUGAUUGAGGCUGAUUAUGAAAUCAUUGAUGAAGAGGAGGAGAGCCAGGCCCGCCAAGCAGCUGAACUGCAGGGAUUGGACUGGUUCUGUUUCACAUGUGGAUGUUUGCUGUCAAAGGAUGACCGUGCAUCUGGAGAGCAUCACAGCCAUGAGGUGACUGCUGUGGGUGAUGCUUUCGAGGGAAUUAAGGUAAUACAACUCAUGUGAAUAAUAUUGUUCUGAAUAUAUUAACCAGGGUGGCUGUGGCCGAGGGGUAGAUUCAAUACUGCAGACAUGCAUUAGUGCUUUGACCAUCAGUAAAAAAGUGUGUGUCUGUGUGUGUGUGUAUUAAAGGAUGAAUGUAGCAGUGUGAGAGUGUUUUGAAGAGUGGGGAGCUAUAAAACCUCACACUGCUGCACUGCUACCUAACCAUUUUAGUAAACAAACAUUUUACAAUGAGUGUUUUUCAAAACUAUGUUCUAGUGCAGAAAAUAUGAGUUUGAACUGAUUACAUGGUACAGAAGUUUGCAGUUUUAACCACUGGAUAUGGAGUGGAAGCAAAUUUAGAAAUGUGAUUGAUGUUGACAUACUACAUACUCAAAAAUGUUAAUAAAAUAUAAGUAAAAUUAUAUCACACUGCAGACAUUACAGAAGUCCAUUAGAAACUUUGGAUGUUGAAGUUAAGUUUGUUCUUACUCUAACUCACAUUUGAGUCAGAGCGUUUUUCUUAGAUUGCUUUGACAUUAUUGUUUUUGGUGGAAACUCUAAAUUACUUGUAGUUAAGAAAACAGACCAUACAUUGCACAUAUUAGGUAUUUUUGUGCUAUUGGCCCUGUUAGAUAUGUUCUUUGGUACUGGUAUUAUACAAAUUUGUGGGUUAGCUAUCACAUUGUGUGAUUAAAAUAAUUCAUGAAUAUGCAUCAAGGUCUAGAAGAGUGUAAGAAACGAAAACAGUUCAGUUCUGCAUGAAAGUAAAUAUAUGUAGUAUAUAUAUAUAUAUAUAUAUAUAUAUAUAUAUAUAUAUGUAUAUAUAUAUAUAUAUACAUAAUAUUUCUUAUCCAAUUUGCUCUGUCUGAGGCUUCAGGGAUGUUGGACUAUUUUGCAGACAGCAUGCUGUAGUUCUCAUGUCUGAUGUUAGACUGUCACAAAGAGCGGCUCAUUACCGCACACUGUUUCUACCAGUGUAAUAAGAACAUACAGCUCCAUCAUCACAUACUCUACUGGCAUCAGAUCAGGACAGCAGAUAAUAAAGCAGCCCUGGAUUAACAGGCUGCAUGCUCACAAGUUGCCUGCAGGCUGCGACCAGACACAUUGAGCUGUUGUGAUGUAAUGCUCCGCUUUGAUCGGUGGAAAGGUCCGGCGUGACAUCAUCAAGAGGAGACUGAAAUCUGAUCUGUUCACAGACACUAACCCCUAUGGGUUAGCAGAGGGUCAACGCUCUACUUUUUAAAACUGGUGUCAAUAUUAAAGCUUCUUCUAGCAAUCUAAAAGGAAACCAUUUGUCCUGAACCUGCAGAAUUACAAAGACAUUUUCUAGUAUUUGCUCUAGACUAGAGAGAAAAAAUUUACUUCUCUACAAGACAUGUCAUUCUCCAGAAGCCCUAAACCAAAGGAUACCUGAAAAUGAUCUAAUGACAUUUCCAAAUGAAAUUGGAACCAGGUCAUGUACAAGCGUGAUGUUAUGCUGUUUCUACAUAUGAGAAACAUUGACAGCUGUACUGUAAACAAGAAGACAAUUAAUCAUAGUUAUUGGUACUCCUGAUUUUAGCACCAAGAAGAGUAUUUACAGAUUUUUAACUGGGAGGAACCAUGACAUGUUUACCAAAACAACUUCAAAAGGAGCUGAAAUACAGAGUGUACUCCCUCAACUCCUUAGGCUUGGAGGGGGUGCAAGCAGGCUCACACGCACACAUAUCCACCUGUUUUCUAAGUUGUUGCAGUGGUGUGGCAAGGAGCCCCAAAAGGGGCAGGGAGCGAUAAGUGACACACUUGACCCAGUUAAAUGAUCCACCGGUGCUCAAGCGCUGACAGGGGAUUACCAACGCUCCUCUAACUGGAAUGCUGCUGAUUUCCCUUAAAGCUGCAGAACAUAGUGAUUUAACAGUAACACUUUAUUUGACGCCUGUCUCUAUAACGCAUUAUAAAUAUAUGUAUACGUGUUGUAAUCAUGUUAUAGCACUGUAUAACUAUAGUUAUAAACACUCAUAAAUGAUCAAAAUGCUUUAUAGCAAUAAUCACAACACAUUAUAAAGCAUUUUAUCAUGACUCACAAAGUCAGGUAUUAUAAUGUGUUAUAACUGUUAACAACUCCCUGAAAAUGCCCACAUAGAUAAUGUAAUGCAACUGUUAUUAACAGUUAUAACACAUUAUAAUACCUGACCUUAUAAGUCAUGAAAAUAUGCUUUAUAAUUUGCUAUGAUUAUUGUUUUAAGGGAGUGUUUAUAACUACAGUUAUACAGUGCUAUAACAUGAUUAUAACACAUCAUACAUGUAUUUAUAAUGCAUUGUAGAGAUAGGCGUCAAAAAAAGUGAAAAAAUAAUAAUAAUAAUAACCAGCACUUGUCUACCGUCACCUGGGAUCCCACAGACCUAUCAGGUGGCCUGAGUGAAAGUUAAAAAAAGAGUAAGAUAGUACUAUUGGUCAGUCAUCUUCUUAGAUAUGUUGUGGUUGUUAUGCAGCUAGAGACUCAAAAAGAGGAAAGACAGUAUUUACUUGCAAUGGUCAGACUGCUCAAACCUUAUAUUAGCUCCAGGUGAAUUUUUGCAGUCUAUUUGUAGUUUGUAGCAGUUUUUUCACUUCAUUUCCGCAGACUUACCUUUGAUUCUAAGUUCGUCUCCAAGAUAUGUGUGUGAUAUGUAUCACAUGAUAUGUAUAUUUGAUGUAUGUUUUUAUGUGUUAUUAGGAGAAGCUGGGUGACUGGAUCUCAGAGCUGCAAGGGAGAUCAGAGAACAUCGAGGACCUGGUGUCUGAGCUCGAACUGGGCUACAACUCUGUAGAGGUAAAACAUGCUGACUAUGGGAUAUAGAUUUGAUACUGAAAAAAGAAGUGCAUUAAAAUGAAAUGCACCAUCAUCAUUUAUAGACACCAGUAUGUGCAAUACACUGUAAUUUAUUUAAGAGAUACGCCGUGGUAACUUUUAUUUUUCUUUAAAUAAUGCAGUGUUUUUCACUCCCUCUCCUCUGGACUAGGACCAGUGUGUCGAGUGUGAGGCAACGAUGCAGGCACAGAAUGAUGAAAUGAUGGCUCUGGUGAUGGAACAGUACAACAACAUGUCCAUCAGUAUGGAAGAGGAAAAGAAGGCCAAGCUGGAGCAGCUAUAUGACCAGAUCGUCUCCUUCCAGGAGAGCAUUGACUCAGCCAAGGUCACUCUGGACACCACGGCCAGAGAAGCUGAGACUGAUGCACGGGUGAGGCUUUAAGGCAGUAUCAGAUUUGAUCAGUAAUUGUCCAGUCAUUAUCUAUGUCACAUAUCUGAUCAACCCCUUUUUUGGUCUUUUCUCUUACCAGUCACCUGAGGAGAUUCAGUUAAGGUAAUGUGCUUAUGCUGAGUAGCCUCUAGAGAGAAAGCUAAUGCUGUUUUUCUCUGACUUUUUAAAUGACACUGAAAACAUUUUUAUACCUUUCUUCAAACUAGCAUUUUUCCCAUUUCUCUAAAAUGUGUUAUAAUUACAUCUGUGCUUAAGGAAAGCAACCUAAACCCACUAAUAACCUUUCCACCUUUCCUCAGCAAAACUCUAGAGGAGGUUGAUGAUACAUAUCAGUCUGGUUUUAGAUUAAAUCCUCGCACUGAAAAAGUACUUAUCAAAAUGACUCAGAGGACAAAUGUCUUAGUUUUACUUGAUCUCACAGCUGCUAAAAGAGAGGAAGUUUUAUACUUCACCAGAUAACUUCAAAAGUUAUCUCUGGUGUUCCACAGGGAUCAGUCCUUGGUCCCCUCCUCUUGAAUUUAUACUCGCUCCCACUCAGUACAACACGAUACGUAAAAAGCAUGGUAUGUCACACCAUUCAUAUGUUGACGAUACCCAGUUAUACAUUUACCUUUCACUCAGUAAUCUCAGUCCUAUUACCAAACUGUUAGACUGUCUAAAUAUCAAAUCUUAAACAUCCGUAAGCUUUGUAAGACUUCACUCAGACAAAACUGAAAUAAUCUGUGUCUUUGAAAUACAGUGAUUAGGCCUGAAAUGUUGGUGUAAAUUUAGACUUAGAUUUUUGCUCUGAAAACCAAAUUACCCAAUGACUGGGACAGUGUUUCAAAAAAAAAAAAACAUUUAAAAAAUGUCUAGAAAAUACAACCGUUCAUGUUUCAAACCGAUACAGAGAAAUUAGUUCACACAUUCAUUUCAACCAGGCCAGAUUACUGCAAUGCCCUGUAUGCAGGACUAUACAUACAAUUUGUGGGAUGGUUCCAGCUGUUCCAGAACACAUCAGCCAGAGUCCUGCCAAGAAAAUGUGAACAUAUCACUUCUGUUCUCAAAUCACUUCACUGGCUCCUCGGUCAAUACAGAAUCACUUUCAUAAUCCUAUUAUUAGUCCAUAGAGCUCUCAAAAGUUAAACUCUACUUCUGACCUUCUCACAGAAAACAACCCGAUCUGCCCCCUCAGGUCAUUGGAUGAAAGUCUUUUAACCUUUAAUCAGAUCAAAGCCUCGCUGGAAAGACCUGCAGAACUGAGGUCCAUCACCACUGCCUCAACUUCAAUCCUAUUCCUUUUCCAAAGUGCUAAAAUUGUUACUUUGUGAGGGUGUGAAUUUAUUUGGUUGGUUUUCUGUGCAAAAUUGCUUUUGCUUUUAUUGAAUUUACAUAGGUUCUGGACUGCAGAGGUACAACCGAUAUAGUUUGUGCAAAUAUACUGAAAAUUUAGGUGCAGGAAAAGAAGGUUUUUGACCCUGACCUGUGGCUGUUGCCAAAGCUUAAAUGCUUUGUCUGUGUGGUCAGGCUAAAGGAAGCUCUGGACUCCGCCAUGUCACUGGAGCUGGGUCCUAGGGGGCUGCUGGUGUUCGAGGACUACGCCAAAGGCAACACUUCUAGCUCCCACCUCACACAGCGCAAGGGAAUCCCAGGUAGGUUUUUACAUAAACGUGUAUUUUCAGAUCCAGCUGACAUAAAUACACCUCCAGGAAGUCUUGUGCAUGUAUGAAGUGGUUUUGGUUCUAAUGUAUAUCCUCUUUUCUGUGUUUUAGUGCCUCAGAGGCCCACCUUGCAAGUUCAGGAGGCCGGCUCAGCCUCCAGCACCAGUGUCACAGUUUACUGGAAAGUCAAUCCUGGAGACAUUAUUGACUGUUUCCAAGUCUACUGCAUGGAGGAUCCACAAGGAGGUAAAUACUGAAAGCACGGUGUAAAUGCAAGGGUGUACUUUUUCAAAAUGCCCUUUUUUUUCUAAAACCACUGGUGCUUGUGUUGUGGCUGUUGCUGCUUCAGCCGUGUCGGAGGAAUACCGUGUCACAGUGAAGGAGAGUUACUGCGUCCUGGAGGAGCUGGAGCCUGACAAGACCUACAAGGUGUGGGUGAUGGCUGUCAACUACACAGGCUGUUCUCUGCCCAGUGAGAGACUUCGCUUCAGAACAGGUCAGUCCACAACAGGAGCUGAAGUGCCACAGCACAUCAUCUUUGUUUGAAAAUACAGGAUUAUUUUUCACUGGCAUUAUGAAGGGAGUUCAGACUGUUUCAGCCGGUCAGUGUUUGAUUUUAAUCUUUGUCAUAUAACAAUAGACCCAACAAACAGAUGGCACUUGAAAUCACAAAGCACAUUUCACUCUUUUAUUAAUAUCUUUUUCUCUUUUUGCAGCUCCAUCAGUGCCAGUGAUUAACACAGAGCUCUGUACUGUCAUGUGGGAUUCAACCACACUGAGGUGGAGCGCAGCAAAACAGACUCCAGAACAGACUUUCACUGUGGAGUACUGUCGUCAAUAUGAACUUGAGGGAGAAGGGCUCAGGUGGGUGUUUUUUUUUUGUUACCAGUUAGAUACCAAGAGACAAAGUAUUUUGAAUACAAAUAAAUCUGUUUUUCAUGCAACUAGCUGGAUACAAUAUCUACAAAAACCUGGGGUACUCAUGUGCGUACUUUUCAUUUAUGUAUGUGAAUGUAUGUCUGUAUAUUUGAUGUUGUCUUACCAGGACGAUCUCAGGUAUCCAAAGCUGUGAACAGAGGGUUCUCCUGCAGCCCAAUGAAAAUUAUCUUUUUUACAUCAAAGCUGUGAACGAGGCAGGAGCCAGUGAGCAGAGCGAGGCUGCUCUCAUUUCCACCAAAGGUAACAAAACAUACGCAUAAACUCUCAAUUCUUAUUGUGUGCAACAUAACAAACUCUGUUUUUUUUUCUGAACUGUGUUUGUUUUCAGGAACUAAGUUCCGCCUGCUGAAAGCCACUGCUCACCCAGCUUUAAAGCUGUCAGCAGAUGAGACCACCAUCCACUACGCUCAGGACACACCUGAAAAGACCUUGUCUGCUGACAAACGGUUAGUUGCAUUCAGCUCCUUUAAAUCUAAGGAACUUUUUCAGCUACAUUUGUUAACCAGAGUUUGUUUGUUUUCCAGGUGUCCAUUCAUCCUGGGGGAGCUGUUGCCAUGUACAGGUCAGUACUACUGGGAGACCAUUGUGUCUGGAAGCACAGCAUACAGGCUUGGAGUGAUGUCCAGUUCAGCCAAUAGGAACAGUCAACUGGGGGAGAACAGCGCGUCGUGGUGUUUGCAGUGUAUCCCUACACCAUCAGGGUAUGUAGCAAACAUUCUGAAGGACUGAUUUCACUUUUCAUGGCUUUUUAUUUGAUCUGAAGGUAAAUCCUAUACCUCUCUUACUCUGCUCUUCACCAGCUGCAGGUAUCAGCUGCUCCACAAUGAUGUGCACUCCAGUGUGUUUGUGAUUGACAUGCCUGAGCGGGUGGGCACCCUCCUGGAUUACCAGCUUGGUCGUUUAUGUUUCUACAAUGCCCAAACUGGUCAGUUGCUAGGAGCUUUCUGCCAAGGUUUCACCCAGCCGUGUCACCCUGCUCUGGCCCUGGAGAUGCCGGGUCGCCUGGGGAUCAGCAUGGUGCCGGAGGUGCCAGAGUUUACAAAGGACAGCUAGCUCUGCCACCAGCCUCACACACUGAGGAGUUUACAGUCCAUGUCCGACAUGAAAAUCACAGACAUGACAGGACUAAAGAUAUUCUAGUAAUCACUGUGAGGAGUACAAUACACUUGAUCUGAGUUUCCUGAAGUCCCAUCACUCGUCUAUGAGUUUGCACGUGUUG